UACGAUGCAAUUGACUGUACAUCUCUUCCUGCGUUACUCUCUUCCAUUCCUACCAACUUCUCCCCGCAAACAACUCCUCUACUUCCACUCCCUCCGCAGAUCGAUUUCGGCCGCCACCGCCACCAUGGUCGCAAACGCCGGUAAUUCAUCGCUGCUGGAACACGUCGCUGGAGCGUGGUACUCCGUCCCGGAACUCCGUCUUCGCGACCAUCGCUUCACUGUCCCACUCGAUUAUUCUCUAUCUGAAUCCCCUAAGAUCUCCGUUUUUGCUCGGGAGGUCGUUGCCGUUGGAAAGGAAGAUCAAUCUCUACCAUACCUGUUAUUCUUACAGGGUGGACCAGGUUUUGAGUCACCAAGGCCAACUGAAGCAAGCGGGUGGUUGAGUAAAGCAUGUGAAGAACAUCGUGUUAUUCUAAUGGAUCAGCGAGGAACAGGGUUGUCAACUCCUCUAACAACAUCAUCUAUGCUACAAACGAAGUCUGCACAAGAUUUGGUUGACUACUUGAAAUAUUUCCGGGCAGAUAACAUAGUGAAUGAUGCCGAAUUUAUACGAAAACAUCUUGUUUCUGAUGCUGGUCCUUGGAAGGUCUUGGGUCAGAGUUUUGGUGGUUUUUGCGGAGUGACCUAUCUGAGUUUUGCACCAGAAGGGCUGAAAGAAGUCUAUUUGACUGGUGGAAUUCCUCCAAUUGGAGAUGGAUGCACCGCAGAGGCUGUGUAUAAAGCUUGCAUUGGUCCUUUGGUUCUCCAAAAUGAGAAAUACUACAAGAGAUACCCACAGGAUAUUGAGAUCAUUCGUGAUGUUGUAAACCACUUGGCAGAGUCUGAAGGAGGAGGGGUUCCUCUUCCAUCUGGUGGGAUAUUAACCCCCAGGGGGCUACAACUCCUUGGCCUUACUGGCUUAGGGGCCAGCACAGGUUUCGAGCGCUUGCACUACUUGUUUGAGAGAGUAUGGGAUCCGGUGAUAGUUCCUGGAGCAAAGAAGCAAAUCAGCUAUUACUUCUUGAAUGCCUUUGAGAAGUGGCUAUCUUUUGAUACAAAUCCAUUAUAUGCUCUUAUGCAUGAGUCCAUAUAUUGUCAGGGAGCUGCAUCACGAUGGGCUGCUAACAGAGUGAGGACGGAACAUGAAAGCAAACUUGAUGCAGUAAAGGCUGCCAAAGAAGGCCGGCCUGUUUUGCUCACAGGAGAGAUGGUGUUCCCAUGGAUGUUUGAUGAAAUCCAUGCAUUGAGGCCAUUUAAGGAAGCUGCUAAUUUGUUGGCUGAGAAGAAGGAUUGGCCUCCUCUAUAUAACAAAACAACACUGAAUAAUAACAAGGUACCCGUUGCGGCUGCAGUUUAUUAUGAAGAUAUGUUCGUUAAUUUCAACUUGGCAACGGAGACGGCUGCACAGAUAGCAGGCAUCAGGCUGUGGGUAACCAACGAGUACAUGCACUCUGGUCUCCGAGAUGGUGCAGGCCAUGUUUUGGAUCAUUUGAUGCGCCUCUUAAACGGCAAGAAGCCACUUUUUUGAAAUCCGACAUCUUUACCUGUUUAUGUUCCUAGACGUUAGAAGAUAGUUCUCAACUCUCAAAAUGGACCAAAUAUUUUGCAAUUGAAUUUGAGGAUAUUUAUUGUACCAACCCAAUUCAAACCGUAUUAGUUGGGUUGAAACUUUGGUAUAUGUAUUUUAUAAUCUAGAAGAGUGUUUCUGUUUAAA